GACGUCACCAGACACGCCCUCUUCGUUGACCAAACCAUUAGCCCAGAGGUUGGUGAGCGACGAGCUGAUAUAAACCCACAUUCAGAAGGAAAUCGACCCCCCAGACCCGUUGACGAUGGUGUGCGGCGGCUUUACCUGCUCCAAGAAUGCGCUGUGCUCGCUCAACGUUGUUUACAUGCUUGUGGGCCUGCUUCUCAUUGGAGUGGCGGCGUGGGGCAAAGGCUUCGGCCUGCUGUCAAGCAUCCACAUCAUUGGUGGGGUCAUUGCUGUCGGAGUCUUCCUGCUGCUCAUCGCCAUCGUCGGCCUGAUCGGUGCCAUGCACCACCACCAAGUCAUGCUCUUCUUUUAUAUGGUCAUCUUGUUUGUGGUUUUCCUCUUCCAAUUUGGAGUGUCUUGUUCCUGCUUGGCCAUGAACCGUGGACAGCAGGAAACGCUUCUAAAUUCCACUUGGACCAUGUUGGACAACAAGACCAAAACAGACCUGGAGAGUCAGCUCAACUGCUGCGGUCUUCUCAACAUCUCUGCCAACCAGAAACAGUUCGAUGAGGAUGUGAAGUACUGCCCUCUGCCAUGUGCUAAGAACCACACCUGCGUCACCUGUGGGGACAUGAUGUUGCACCAUGCCUCAGAAGCUCUGAAGAUCCUCGGAGGAGUGGGACUCUUCUUCAGCUUCACAGAGAUCCUGGGAGUCUGGCUGGCUGUGCGCUACCGGAACCAGAAGGAUCCACGAGCCAACCCAAGUGCUUUCCUAUAGCCUGUCCUCACCACGUCUUCACGCACACACCCACCCAACACACACACACACCCGACACACACACAGGUUCACUUUGCAUUCAGUUCCACGGACGGACGGACGCCCAGCGAUGCAGAAACCCCAGAGACUGAGCCGCAGAAGCUCCGUCUUGGAUGAUCUGGAUACAAGUAUAUGACAGGCUGUAUCAAUACCAUUACUGGCCUAGAUAUUUGGAGCUUUCUAAAUUCUCUGCAUGUGUCCCAUAGUUCUCACACACACACACACACUUGCCCCAUUUGUCCUGAUCUUAGAGCCCGUGUGUGUGAGGAAUCACACCCGGGGUCUCUGUUCUUCUGUGGCCACAGGUGGAACGUGGUCACACGGUCACUGAGCCAACUGUGGUGGACGCCCACCAGACGACAGGCUUGAUGUUGUAAAUAAGCUGUACAUUCUGUGGUUGAGCAGAACUUCCUUCCUUCCAUGAGUUUGUCCCAUUCUAGUGUGCGCCCCUCCCUCUGUGCACAGCGUGUGGAGCAGUGACUUGGGCUCGUGUGAGUGAAACGCUCGGGUACUGGCCAGGUCUCCUCCAACUCCACAGUAGUCACGGGGAAAACGUGGGCGAAACUGCAUCAUGUUUUUUGUUUGUUUUUUAAAUUAACUUUUAAAAAUGAUUUUGAUUUUCCUCUUUAAUGCUUUUGUUUCUGUGGUUUUCUUUUGUUCAUCAGUGUUAAAUGAUUUGUAAAAUAAAUGUGUUCCGUGUAUCUGGAUUUAUUUAAGAUUGACGCACAUUGGUGGAACUUUGUUUUUUUUGAUGACGAUCGCUGACAUUUCCAAGGUGUUGAUUAUUUGAUGUUUUUUCUCUGGAGGCUUAACAUGUCAUCGUAAACAUGGUCUUACUUGAACCUGUCCACUGCACCCAGUUUUUAUUUUCCUGCUGCUGGUGUUAACAGGCAACUCUAUCUCACGCCAAUAUAUUUACCUUCCACUCAGACUUGUGUGCACUUGUUUCAUUCGACUUUGGAUUUUGAAGACUUAAUUUUACAAAAAUAAAAUCCUGAAACU